GUUUCCACGCAUUGGCGCGCUGCGCGGCUCCGUGGCCGCGGCUCUCUGCUCCUCCACGCUGCUGCUGCUGCUGCUGGUACUGGUACUGGAGAAACACACUCACUGUAGCGGGCUGCGCCAGCAAAACAAACACAAAGCAGAGGCAUGAGUGCCCCGUGCAACGCCCGGGCCGGGCCGGCCGGCCCCGUCCAGCAGGGGCUGAAGGAGGCGCUGGUGGAGACGCUCACCGCCAUCCUGUCCCCGCAGCAGGAGCUGCGCGCCGCGGCGGAGGAGCAGGUCAAGGUGCUGGAGGUGACGGAGGAGUUUGGUGUCCACUUGGCAGAACUCACAGUUGACCCUCAGGGAGCACUCGCCAUCCGUCAGUUAGCAUCUGUCAUCCUGAAGCAGUACGUGGAAACUCACUGGUGUUCACAGUCAGAGAAGUUCAGGCCCCCGGAAACCACAGAUCAGGCUAAAGCUGCCAUCAGGGAGCUGCUGCCGGGCGGUUUACGGGAGUCCAUCAGUAAAGUUCGCUCCAGUGUUGCGUACGCAGUGUCAGCGAUCGCCCACUGGGACUGGCCUGAGGCGUGGCCGCAGCUCUUCACCCUUCUGAUGGAGAUGCUGGUCAGUGGAGACGUAAAUGCGGUGCACGGAGCCAUGAGAGUGCUCACAGAGUUUACUCGAGAGGUGACCGACACACAGAUGCCACUCGUGGCUCCAGUCAUCUUACCCGAGAUGUACAAGAUCUUCACUAUGGCCGAGAUUUACAGUAUUCGAACUCGCUCCAGAGCUGUGGAGAUAUUCACCACCUGUGCCAACCUCAUCUGUGCUAUUGAAGAACUUGAAAAGGGGGCAGCUAAAGCAUUGAUCUUCCCGGUGGUGCAGCAGUUCACAGAGGCAUUCGUGCAGGCUCUGCAGAUGCCUGAUGGACCCUCGUCUGACAGCGGCCUCAAGAUGGAAGUCCUCAAGGCAGUAACGGCGUUAGUGAAGAACUUUCCUAAACCCAUGGUGUUCUCCAUGCAGCAGAUAUUACCCAUUGUAUGGAACACACUGACUGAAAGUGCAGCUUUUUAUGUAAGAACAGAAGUCAACUACACAGAGGAGGUGGACGACCCUGUUGACUCAGAUGGUGAAGUUUUGGGCUUUGAGAAUCUGGUGUUCAGCAUCUUCGAGUUUGUCCACACGCUGUUGGAGAACAACAAGUUCAAGAGCACGGUGAAGAAGGCGCUGCCUGAACUCAUCUACUACAUCAUCUUGUACAUGCAGAUCACUGAGGACCAGAUAAAAGUGUGGACGGCUAAUCCUCAGCAGUUUGUGGAAGAUGAAGACGAUGACACGUUCUCCUACUCUGUCAGGAUUUCUGCUCAGGACCUGCUGCUGGCCGUGGCUGCAGAGUUUCAGAACGAGAGUGCAGCAGCGCUGGCAGCAGCUGCAACCAGACACCUGCAGGAGGCAGAGCAGGCCAAAAACAGCGGCAAUGAGCACUGGUGGAAGAUCCAUGAAGCCUGCAUGUUGGCCCUGGGCUCAGUAAAGACCAUUAUAACAGAGAAUGUGAAGAGCGGUCGUAUCCAGUUUGACAUGCAUGGUUUUCUGGCCGGCGUGAUCCUGGCGGACCUCAACUUGGCAGCGGCGUCUCCGUUCCUCCUCGGCCGAGCUCUGUGGGCAGCCAGUCGCUUCACCGCCGCCAUGUCUCCCGAGCUCAUCCAGCAGUUCCUGCAGGCCACCGUCAGCGGCCUUCACGAGAGCCAGCAGCCGUCUGUCCGCAUCUCUGCCGUCAGGGCUAUCUGGGGAUACUGUGAUCAGCUGAAGUUGUCGGAGAGCACGCAUGUCCUUCAACCCUUCCUCCCCAGCAUUUUAGAGGGACUGGUCCAACUGGCCGCCCAGUUCAGCUCGGAGGUGCUUACACUGGUCAUGGAGACGCUGUGCAUCGUCUGCACCGUCGAUCCAGCCUUCACAACCAGCGCAGAGAACAAGAUCUGCCCCCUCACCAUUGCUAUUUUCCUAAAAUAUAACAAUGACCCUGUGGUUGCCUCGCUGGCUCAAGACAUCUUCAAGGAACUGGCACAGAUCGAAGGCUGCCAGAGUCCCAUGCAGAUGCGUCUCAUCCCCACACUGGUCAGCAUCAUGCAGGCUCCGCCUGACAAGAUCCCAUCUGGACUCUGUGCUACAUCCAUAGACAUCCUGACCACGGUGGUUCGUAAUUCAAAGCCCCCUCUGUCGGAGAUGCUGGUGUGUCAGGCAUUUCCUGUGGUGGCGCAAUGCACUUUACGCACUGAUGACAACACAAUAAUGCAGAACGGAGGCGAGUGUCUGCGGGCGUAUGUGUCCGUCGCCCUGGAGCAGAUUGCCCAGUGGAGGGACGAGCAGGGAAACACCGGCCUCUGGUACGUCAUGCAGGUGGUCAACCAGCUGCUAGACCCCCGGACCUCCGAGUUUACGGCUGCCUUCGUGGGAAGGCUGGUGUCCACACUGAUCUCUAGGGCUGGGACAGAGCUAGGAGAGCAGCUGGAUCAGAUCCUCAGAGCCAUUCUGAGCAAAAUGCAACAAGCAGAAACCCUGAGUGUCAUGCAGUCUCUGAUCAUGGUGUUUGCUCACCUAGUUCACUCUCAGUUGGAGCCUCUGCUGGAGUUUUUGUGUAGCCUGCCGGGACCGACGGGGAAACCUGCCCUCGAGUUCGUCAUGACGGAGUGGAUGAGCAGGCAACACCUUUUCUAUGGACAGUAUGAGGGUAAAGUCAGCACUGUUGCUUUGUGUAAGCUACUGCAACAUGGUCUCAACACUGAUGACAAGCGUCUCCAAGACAUUGCUGUGAAAGGAGAAGAAAUCUAUAAUCCUGACGACGGUAUCCGCACACGCUCAAAAUCCGCCAAGAACCCAGAGCGCUGGACCAACAUUCCUUUGCUUGUGAAGAUCUUUAAACUGAUCAUCAACGAGCUAUCAACUGUGGUGGAGGCAAACGCCAGCAGGGCCAACGCAGCCGACUGGAGCCAAGAUUCCAGUGGUAUGUGGGAGGACAAUGAGGAGGGAGAUGGGGAGGAUGAUGAGGAAGAUGAAGGGCUGGCAGGACAGCUGCUUUCUGAUCUCAUUGCUUCCAAUAAAUACGAUGAUGAUUAUUAUGAGGAUGAUGAAGAGGAUGAUCCGGAUGCCUUGAAAGACCCCAUAUAUCAAAUUGAUCUGCAGGCUUAUUUGACGGACUUCCUGACACAAUUUGCCCAGCAGCCAUGUUACAGCGUGUUCUCAGGCCACCUCAACAGCACUGAGAGACAAACCCUGCAGUCCAUAGGUCUCUAGCCUCGCAUCUGCUGCUCCAACAUGUCAACAUCUUCCAUAAAUGCCCUGAAAUGUUGCUCUAUUGCCCUCUCACAUUGUUCUUGUGAAUUUACAAAGAUAGUGUAAAGACUGAAGAAGAAAACUGACAGAGGAGAGGUCUGGGUUGGGGGAAAAACCCUUGCACUUACCCAUUACUCUCAUUUCUUCAUAUGUGAGAUGGGAUGAAUUGCAUCGUGGAGGAUCGUGAGGUAAGAGGCUGCGCAGGUCUCUUCCUGAAGAAGGUCAGAGGUCUCCACGUUGGAGUUUCUAUAAACUGGAUAAGAAGAUUACACUCUUCACAGAGGGAAGCAGUUGGAUAUUGAUAUAUAUAUAUAAAAGACUAUUUUGCCAUGACCUGUUUGUAAUUUAGCCACUCAUUUUUGUGUUUCUGUAUAAAAUAAUAUGAAAUAAAAUAUGGAACACUCUUCUUAGAGACUUUACAUUGACAGAAGGAAACAAAAAAAACAAAUAUGCCAGCGACGGUGGCCUUAUAUUCCUGAAAAAAAUGACUGUUUCUGACAAGAAAUGAACAUUUCUUAGACAAGCUGUCAUAUCAUGGAGUAUAGUGGGUAUUGGGGAAUUCACUGUUGCCAUGGUGAUUCACAGCCUUGUCAUUUCCUUGUACCCAUUAAUAUUUGGAAUGGAAAAGUUUCUAAAUAAACAUCCCAAAAGGACAUUUCCAGAAUUUUAUUUUUUUUUCUGUGUCUGAACUAAAAAAAAAUGUAUUUUUAUAUUUGGGAAAAUGUAAUUGGACAACUCAACUCUGAUACAUCUGCUGUUUCAACUGUUAAAAGUUAUACUUAUCCCCAAAAAAAUGACUCAAUCAUGUACAAAAGCUAAAUUGUGCACAGUUUACUUGAUUUCAUUUAGUUUUAUACUUUAAACUUGUAAAGUCAUGAGCUUAACUGUUUGUUAUUGUAUUUUUUUUAAAGUAAAGAGAAAAAUUUGCACGUACUUCUGAAUUGUAAUAUCAACUCUAAAAGCUUCACUGGAUCUAGUUGAAAAGGUUCCUCAGUUAUGAAACACCGGUGUAGUGGACCAUUUAUCCGUUUUGGCUGCUCAUGCAUUUCAGUUUGUUAUGAUACCCAUAUUUAUUUUAUUAUUUUUCAGGUGGAGGGCAAGUGUAUGUCAAUGAAACUGGGAAAGUUCAGUGUUUUCCGCACGGGGG